CCCGUGGCCCGGCCCUGCCGCUGCCAGCCCUGCGCACGCCGCCCGCCCGCCCUGCGCAUCAAUCCGGCCGCGAUCCACGCACCAUGAAGCCUCUUCUGCUGGCUCUGCUGGCUGCGGUGCUGUGCGUGGAGAGAGCCCACACGCUCAUCUGCUUCUCGUGCUCGGAUGCCUCCUCCAACUGGGCCUGCCUGACGCCCGUCAAGUGCGGGGAGAAUGAGAACCACUGCGUGACCACCUACGUGGGAGUAGGGAUCGGUGGCAAAUCUGGCCAGUCCAUCUCCAAAGGAUGCUCUCCCAUCUGCCCCAGCGCUGGGAUUAACGUCGGCAUAGCGGCUGCUUCCGUUUACUGCUGCGACUCCUUCCUCUGCAACAUCAGUGGCUCCAGCAGUGUGAAAGCCAACUACACAGUCCUGGCUUUGGGGGUUCUCCUCAGCUUCAUCUACAUCCUCAGGGCUCGGGAGUGAUGGGGCUGGCUGAGGAAGAGCCGUCUUCCACGGGCCGCCGCAGGUCUCGUUAGCCAAUCUCUUCUCUUGUUGCUGUUCUGCAAGGAGCUCCUCUGCUUCUCAGAGAGGUGGUUGCUUCCCAGACUUUUUCUCUGCUCUUCCAGCCUUGGAGACCUGAGGCAAUUUGGCCAAGCUGUUCUCCUCCUUCUUUGGACGUAACCCCCACUGCACUCUCACACCUCUUUGGCAAAGGCGGAUCGUUUUUGGAAGGGUUUCUGCUUUUAUACCUAAUAAUCCCUCCCCUCUCCAUCCCCCACCCUCGUUUCUAAUGUUGAUUCAAACAAAGCUGGGACUUGCCAAGAUCCAAUUAACCCCAGACACCAUCAGGUCAAGAGUUCAGACGUUCCUGCCUCUCACCCCUGCUGAGGUAGGUGCCUGGCACUGGUGUGCUCCAGCACAUGGGGGUGACAUGGGCACUGGGAAUUCAUGACCCAAAGGGAGACACAUUCCCAGCCCCUUUGCAGCUGCAGUCUCUCUUUUUAUAUAUACAUAUAUAUCUAAACCAUCUUGUUUCUUCUGCUCCUGGCCUGACUUCUCUGGAAAAACAAAUGACAUGUACCUUGUCCUCCUGAGCUCUGUAAGUGCCAGACCCCAAUAAACAUGCUCCUGUUGUUACCUGA